UUUGUCAACAAAUCUACAAAAAUGUACUCCAAGAUCCUUGCUGCGUGCCUCGUUGGCAGCGUUGCUGCUGAUAGUGAGCCGCUGAUCCAAGUUGCCCUGGCGCCGCCAGUGGAUGCGGGGAGUAGCUUCUCGUCCUAUGGGAAGGCGGAAUCCGCCAUGGAAGCUUCUGGCGUGAGCAGUCUCCAGAAGGCCAUGUCUUCCGCACUGGCAUCCGCAAAGGCAGAGAUUGACGCUGUGGUACACCACUCCUCCUUUCUGCAAGGCGCACCAGUUUUCAUUCGCGUGAUGAGUGGCCCGGAGUCGGGUGCUUCCGCUGGUCGCGUUGCGGCUUUUGAAAACGUGCGAUCUGAUCUGGAAUCCAAGCGCAUUGCGCAAGCCACCGCGGAGUUUGGCGCUCUGGCCAAGAUUGUCAUCGGGGAGUUGAAGAGCGCGCUGCAUGGGAGUUUUCUGCAGAAAGGAGCGGGAUCUAUCGGCGUCAAGGUCAAGGCUUCUGACAUUCCGUGGGCGUCCACCGUGGAUCUGCUGCAGGCCACUGAAUCCUCGCGCGACGCGUCGGAGGUUGCUCUGCAGGGCAAAAUCUUGGACAUGCAGAUCCAGUUCGUCAAGGCGUUGAACGGGAUGAUCGCCUCUGCAUUGGGCUAAAUUCCGUCUCUAUGUCCCAACAGCAUUUGUGCUGACAAUUCUGCUGAAUGUUGCGCGUUAAAUGAAAAGUGCAGGCCGCGAUGAUAUUUGUGAAUCUGCAGUGGCAGCUGGGCCACUUUUCCUCGUGCACAGGAUCCAAG